UCAAACAAAGAAAGAAACAUAAUGAUAUCCAGCUUUUCAGGACCAACACCAACAGAGAGAUUCCAAAGGAAUGUGUUGGCAGACUACUCUGACAGCGAUCCCGACUUUGAAGUGGACUUGAUCACUUCUUAUAAAGACUCGGUCAACGAACAUUUGCCGCAGCUGUCCGAAUCUCUGCGUAGCAAUGAUGAGAAGGCCUCCAUUUUGCACUCGCACGAUAUCAAGGGCUCGAGCAGCUAUAUGGGCGCAGAGGCUGUGCGCUUCCUCAGUGGGAAGAUAGAGGCCUACUGCAAGGAGGGCAAGCUUGACGAAGCGGCCAACUUUAUGGAAGAGUUGGAAACAGAGGUGAGCGAGCUAUUCAAGCUGUUGGAUAAACAUAUGGCAUCUUUCAAGGAGGAUGGCUCGCAGGCGACCUCGCCCCCACCCCUGACGGCAACGUCAGUGCCUCCAGGAGCCACUGCAGUAUCAGCUUCACAAUCAACUUCGUCGACAUCAUUGACAACGGCGGCAACAACAAAGAACAACAGUACAGCAGAUGAUCGAUCAUCAAAGACCACAGAACCAUCCUCCAAGCCAUCAUCAGAAAUCAGACCAACAUCGGCCACAUCGGCAUCAUCAUCAGCGUCUUCAUCAUCAUCAUCAUUGUUGGCAUCCGAAUCAAACAACUCCAAACAAAACAGCAGUAACAGCAGCAAUAACAAUGUUUCCGAUAAGCCCAACAGCCAAACCGCCACCGAGAAGGUGUCUGGCAACAAUAGUAUGGGCAACCAUAGUAACAGCACCAACAGCCACAACACCAGCAACAGUGGUAUCAGCAACAACAGUAGCAAGAGUGACAAAGAGCUGGACCAGAAUUCAAGGACUGCCACUACUGCACCUAGUUCUGGGCUUCGUACUUAUGGCAACAGUGCUGCAUCUUCG